GCUGCUCUUUGCGUGUUCCAGGGCAGCGGCGUCCGGCUGCAGCUGGGCCCGGUGCGGCGCGGCGGGGUCGCGGCGGCCGCCCAAGCUCUGCACGGCUCCGUGGCAGCGGGGUGCCGCUCCACUGCGGCGGGUGUUGGAGGGCUCGCGAAGCGCCCGGCCUUAGUCACGGAGCGGCAGCAGCCCUCGGAGGGGAAGCUGACGCCUGGGCAGCAUGAAGUUCCAGUACAAAGAAGACCAUCCUUUCGAGUACAGGAAGAAAGAAGGGGAGAAAAUCAGAAAGAAAUAUCCCGACAGAGUCCCUGUAAUUGUGGAAAAAGCGCCAAAAGCCAGAGUACCUGACCUAGACAAAAGGAAGUAUCUUGUGCCUUCUGAUCUUACAGUUGGCCAAUUCUACUUCUUAAUCCGAAAGCGAAUCCACCUGAGGCCGGAAGAUGCCCUGUUCUUCUUUGUCAAUAAUACCAUCCCUCCCACCAGUGCUACCAUGGGACAGCUGUAUGAGGAUAACCAUGAGGAGGACUAUUUUCUCUAUGUGGCCUACAGUGAUGAGAGUGUCUAUGGCAAGUGAGCACCAGCCACCAGUCAUGCAGAUGAGAUGGACAGAUGGAACUGAUUUGGGGGGGCUUGGGAGUAUGCUGAAGAAGAGGAAGGAGAAUGCUUGAGAAGAGGGGAAGAGAACUGGAAGUGAGUCACAUGCACAAUGCCAUCACCUUCAUGCAUUAAUUAUAAUCAUCAUUUUUGUAUUGAGGGGAGGGAGGGUAAGAAGAAAUGGUGUGAAAGGGUGAACUCAUAGGCUAACAAGGGAUUCUGUGUUGAGGGAUAGGGAGACUCCAUUUUCUCUAGUUCUUCUCUUGCCACAGCUGGAAUUUGUUAGCCCGUACUGGAGGCUGCUAGACAAGCCAGUGUUAUGGACCUCUGGCAAAGUGACUGGGUAGGAAAGAAAUGGCUGUUCGUGUGUAAAUCUUUCAUUGGAUGAGGGAGGCAUGUCUGGAACAUGCAUUGUACACUGACCUAGUCACACCUUGCCUAUGGCUUGGGUUGCAGUCUUAUGAGCAUUCAGUGAGCAGUGCAAUACUUUUGUUCUGCUUGUACAAGGCUUUCCUGUGCUGACUAUCCUCAUUCCAACUGCUGCCUCUGAAGUGUUGCAAGACUACUGUAUUUCCUGUCACAUCACUAGUAAAAGGGCUAACCCUGAGCGCUGGGAACUCCUCAGUUGUGACAUGUAAAGGUUGGGGGCGGGGAGGAUGUUUUCUUUGUUACUUUAAUUGCAAGUUCUGGACAAAAGUUUGAGGCUGACCCUUUCGUUCUUCUCAGUGAGGCCAACUGAUAAGACUCAUAGGGCUAGAAAGGACAUCAAGAGAACUUCUAGCCCAAUGAGACACUGAGACAGGACUGAAUAUACCAAAAAUUUCUAUGGCUGUUCAUCUAACUUAUUCUUAGUGAGCUUCACUAAAAUCGAUCCUAUAGGCUGCUGUGAUAGCCUGUUCCAUUUUCUAGCUAGACUCCAAGCGAGAAAGCUUUUUGUGAUACCUUAACUUCAGUCUCCCUUGCUGUGUAUUAAGGUGUCUAACUACUAAUGAUAUUGGUACUGGUGAACAUGGAGAAUAAUCUAUUUGUGCUGUCUUUGUAACUCUUCUGCAAGUUUGAAGAUGGCAGAAAUUCUGUUGGUUAAACCUCCCCUUCCGUGUCUCGCUUCCAUACAGAUCUUGUACCGUAUUCAUAAGCAGAGGAAAUCGGUCCCUCACAAAUGCAUUUUCCCAGCUUUCUGUGGUUGGAUACUCUUUGCUUCCAGAGAAGUGCUUUCAGGCAUGAGGGGGAUGGGGACUAAUCCCAUGAAUCCCCAUGGGACUAAGUCAUUUUCGGCACAAGGGGGAUGAGGAUGGGAUGGAUAUCUCUUCAGGACAGAUUCUCUGUAGAUUGCUUCCUCUCCCCAUCCUCCCCAUCCCUUUUAAGCCAGUACUGUUCUUAGAAGGGUACUAGAUAGAUUCUGUCCUGUGCAAGCCUUACGCUGUCAUGCUGAAGCAAUUUCUUCCUGGUGGCACAAACAGCAGAUUUUCACAUAACUGCCAUUACUCUAAUGAAGGAGUAGGGCUUUGGGGAGUGAGUUGACUUCUGGGAAAAUUCUAGGUUAAGGUUUUUAUCCAAAAAUUAGAGAACUGAAUUGAAUUACUGUAAGCAUUGCUACAUACAGGAGAGGGACCAAGAAGGAGGAAAAGACAAGAAGAAUGAAGAAGACAGGCAGAUCCCAAUGUAAGCUGAAGGUGUUUACUGUAUUUACAUGAAGAAAUUAGAUCCCAGUUCCUCGGGAAUGAAAAUCAAGAUAAGUGCUCCUCUGAUUGUGAGAGAUAGAAAAUCAGAUUUCAGCCUUUUGUGACUGCUGUUCCACUAAAGAGUAUAAGGCAAGUUGAGCAUUCUGAGAAUGUGGAACAAGAGUCAUUGGCAGAAGUGUGUGAAGGUCAAGGAGGCUGUGGAGCAGGAAGAUCAUUGCCUGUGUGGUAUGGAAAGUAGUAGACUGGAAUGAGAGAGAAGGGAAGGUGUGCAAAGAGUGUAGGUAGGAUAAUCAUAAUGAACAGACAGAAAAUGGGGGAAGAAAAGAAGAAAUGUGUGGCUUAGUAUCCCCAGCUUUUCAUUCUGAACUUCAGUUUUACUGCUCAAUCAUGUGCUCAUCUAGAGUAAACAUGUUGAGAUGAAUUAUACCUACUGCCUAAUUUAAAUCAAUUCUGCCUACAGUGUACAGUACUCUUUUUUUUUUACCCACUCUCCUCUGACUAUUAAGCUGUUUUCAGAUCCUUUACAUGCAAAUCCACAUCAGUCUCUUGUUUUAGGAAGUUCUGAAGUUUUUGAAACAGAAAAUAGAUCCAGAAGACUUUUUAGGGUAAAAGACAAGAGGGGGCAGGAAAGGAUGGCAUGCAUCUUUACCACUGUCCCACUUGCUCACACAUAUGCUAUUAAGCACAUGGAUAUGUGUUGUCUCAAACUAACUAAUGCUUGGGCACUCAGGGGAGAGAGAGUUGUAAGGUGAAAUGCUUGACUUCAUGUUCAAACCUUGCCUUCCCUCCCACUGCUGUGUGUGUAAGUGAUAUCUGGGACUAACCUCAGCUAUUUGUUGUAUGUAGGGUUUCCUAAUUUAAUUUAAUUAUUUUACAUUUCUUUUAACUGGGUUGUGGCAUUUGCUUCUGUUUUUCUGCUAGUCCAAUAUUGUACAAGGUAAUUGUGGUAGUUUUUUUCUGUUGGUUAGCUUCAUGUAAAAUAAAGUUGAUAUUACUUAAGCUAAAUCAACCAAUCAAUAAAGACACAUUUUGAAAUCAGAGGCUUGACCCAAAAUGAGUGACUGUAAUGUUUCUGUCCCACAUACACAGUUGUAAAUAAAAGGUAUGUGCAAGAGGGGCAGCAUUUACAGAAUUUCUCAUUGCUACUUUUUACUGGAGCUCUGGAUUUCUUUUGUCCUGUGUAUCAUGUGUCACAUCUCUUUUUAUGGUUGUAUAGUCACUUGUAUACACCUCCCAUGUCUUGCCAUGCCAUUGAUUUGAGCCUUAAUUGUACCUGAGUGAUAUGAGAAGGUCUCGAAGAUGGUAGUGGGCAAACUGAGGUAUUUUCUGCAAUUUUAAGGCCCUGAACAGUCCUUACACCAAGGCUGAUGGGCAGGAGUUUUGGCGGAGGCCCUAGGGAAGGCUGGGCAGAGCCACUAAGACUCCUACCUAAAGAACAUGCUUUGCAGCUUCCUAAAGAAUGAGAGAUGUGAAAGUCUGAGAUGCAUUUAAACAAGCAUAGCCCUCUCUCCAGUAGGCUUGCAGGAGUAGCCAGCAUGGAUUCACCAAGGGGAAAUCCUGCUUAACCAAUCUGAUAGCCUUCUAUGAUGGAAUGACUGUCUGGGUAGAUGAGGGGAGAGCAGUGGACGCUGUGUACCUUGACUUCAGCAAGGCUUUUGACACUGGAUCCCAGAACAUCCUAGAUAAGCUCAGGAAGUGUGGGUUAGAUGAGUGGGCUGUGAGAUGGAUUGAGAACUGGCUGAAAGGCAGAGCUCAGAGGGUUGUCAUCAGUGGUGUGGAGUCUGGUUGGAGGCCUAUGACCAGUGUAGUUCCCCAGGGCUCCGUACUGGGUCCCAUCCUGUUCAACUUGUUCAUCAAUGACAUGGACAGAGUGCCUCCUCAGCAAAUUUGCUGAUGAUACUAAGCUGGGAGGAGUGGCUGAUGCACCAGAGGGCUGUGCUGCCAUUCAGAGAGACCUGGACAGGCUGGAGAGUUGGGUGGAGAGGAACCUCCUGAGGUUCAACAAGGACAAGUGCAGAAUCCUGCACCUAGGGAAAAAUAGUCCUAUGCGGCAGUAUAGGCUGGAGGCUGACCUUCUGGAAAGCAGCUCUGCAGAGAAGGACCUAGGAGUGCUGGUGGGUGACAAGUUGACCAUGAGCCAGCAAUGUGCCCUUGUGGACAGGAAGGCCAGUGGUAUCUUUGGGUGCAUUAGGCAGAGUGUUGCCAGCAGGUCGCGGGAGGUGAUGCUGCCCCUCUACUCAGCCCUGGGGAGGCCUCAUCUUGAGUACUGUGUCCAGUUCUGGGCUCCCCAGUCCAAGAGAGCCAUGGAGCUAUUGGAGACAGUCCAGCAUAGGGCUAUGAAGAUGAUCAGAGGGCUGGAGCAUCUGCCCUAUGAGGAACGGCUGCAAGAGUUGAGCCUGUUUAGCCUGGGGAAGAGAAGACUGAGGGGGGAUCUUAUCGAUGUGUAUAAGUAAGUACCUGAAGGGAGGGUGUCAAGGUGAUGGGGCUAGACUCUUUUCAGUUAUCUCAUGUGACAGGACAAGAGGCAAUGGGCAUAAAUUGAAUCACAGGAAGUUCUGCCUGAAUGUGGGGAGGAAUUUCUUCACUGUGAGAGUGAGAGAGCACUGCACCAGGUUGCCCAGAGAGGUAGUGGAAUCUCCUUCUCUGGAGAUCUUCAAGGCCUGCCUGGAUGCAAUGCUAUCUAACAUGGUCUAGGUGACCCUGCUUGAGCAGGGGGUUGGACUAGAUGAUCUCCAGAGGUCCCUUCCAACCUUACUGAUUCUAUUCUAUGACACUUCAUUUGGAAACUUGCAUGAGUCUCAAAGUACAACUUGUGCUUGGAAACACACGUGUUACACGAAUUAGUUACUCUUUUCCUGAAAAAAGAUGGAUCUUUCAGCAUCUUUGUAAAGUAAGGGUUUGAUUCUCCCUGAUCUUGCACUCUGGCCAGUCACUGUCCUGUCAUUUCAAUGUUAUACUGUUCUUUGGGAAUUAAAAAACUGUUAACAAAUGGUGUUCAUAAUGAUAUGUUAUAGCAGCAGCAGAACAUUAAGAUCCUAUUUUCAAAUGAGCAUUGCUAGAAAUGCAUAUGAUUGAAUGUAUUGGACCAUUGACUGAAGGAAGAAACUGAUCUGAUCCAUCUCCUUUUUACUUUCACACAGCUUAGAGCCUUCUUUGUCAGAGCCAGCACUCUAUUUUGUUGUUUUACAAGAAAUCCCCUCUGCAUUUUUGAACAAUCUCCUGCAGUGUUCACAUACCCCUCAGAAACCUGGAGAGCUUCCAAAAAGAAGCAGUCCCUCUUACCAGUAGGAAGAUGUUCUCCUGGCUCAUGCAGACAUGCUCCUGGCUCAUCUUUUAGCCAGUUCAUAUAACAAUUUUGGUCAGUAUUCCUCAUCCCCUUUGCUAGCCUGCUACGUGGCUCCUUUAAAAUAGUCUUCCAUGUAACAGCAUUCCUUCAGUCAUUGAAUGUAAAUCUCUGGUGUUUUCAGAGAACAUAACUUUUUGUUUUAUGUUAGGGCAAAAACAUCCCCAUUCAGUAAUCCCAGCACACACAUACCACUGCCCCCACCAACACCACCACAUGGCAUGUCACACAACUGCCAUCAAAUCUGUGGUCUUUUUACUUCCUGCUGGAAAUCUGGCUUUGCUCUCUUGGGUAUGAUCUCUCUCACCACUUCUCUGCGCUAUGCAUACUGUUCAUGAAGGACUGUCAAAGAGAGCUAUCUAGAAGUACAGAAUUUGUAGGUGGGUGGCAGCUGAAAGGAGAACUUGAGACUGUCUCCUAACUUUGGGGAGAUCAGGAGUUGAUGGUGUACGUUCUUGUUCAGACAUAAUCUCCCCUCCUUGAACUAAACCCUUUUUCUUUUCCAGCACCCUCUUAUUCCUCUAGUAGCACCUACCCUUUCUCCCUUAAGGGUGCAGAAAGAUUAGUAGGAAUAGAGUACUUUUUUUAGCUUUGAUGUCAUUGCCUGCCCAGCCUUCCUCUCUCAUGGGAGGUGACAGAAAGCUGUGAUUUUCUCUAAUCCAGCAGCAUCACCUACCUUCAUUACCUGGGAUUAGAAGAGACUUUGUUGGCAAACAUACAGUGAGCAGGGUUGUGGGAAAUGGGGGAAAAGAAAAGAAGAUGCAAGUUCUUCACAUCAUAUAGGCAGUCAUUGUGUAUCACUCCCACAACAAAUACAAACCCAUAAACACAUCUCCUUGACCCCACAUAUGCUAUAUCCUGUACCUCAUGCUGGAAACACCACACCAUGCUCUCCACAGACAUGCUUGUGCACACAUAUGCACAUCUUUUGCCAUGCCUUACACCACAUGACACACAUGCAUCUUCACCAACUGCACUGGCACCAUUAUGAACAUUACCAUGCAAACACACACCAUGUGUCUUCAGACAUAUCCCAUACCAUAAUGAAUAUGCAUGCAUUCCCAUGACACAUUGUCAAAAAACACGUACUUCCUAUACCAAGCUCUACAUCACAGCAAAUAUGUAACACAUGCUAUUUGGACAGUGUUCACCUGUUAGCACAGGUAAGCAGAAAGGAUCUAAUACAGAGAGUGAUAUACACUCCACACAGUAUAGUUCAACUCCUCACACAAACAGCACAUGUGAAAAACGUUAUCAAAAGGAAAGGAAAAAGAAAAUGAGUGCACACAGAAUGUAACACAUGCAUGCCUGGGCCACAGCCACUUCAGGAAAGUGUAACAUAUACAGGGAUUCAGAGAAGUAUAGCAAAGUGCACUACACACCUGUGUGCACAGGCUUCCAUCCAGCCCUUAGGAAGGCAGACAAACAUGCAUUGUACACAAACAGGUAUUCAGCCAACUGAGGCCAACAACCACAUGGCAGAAGAGACCACUAGUAAGUAGAAAUCAGUAGGGAAACACAGGAAGGUAAAAAAACACACAGUGUAAUGCACAGCUGCAGGCUGCCAGUCACUGGAGGAAAGUGUGCAGGAGAAAAGGAGGAGUGUGAAAAGAACCUAGAAAGCUCGGAAAAUGUACCUAAACUCCAAAGCCACCAUACACCCACAUCUUACCUAUGGAGUGCAAGGAAUGCCAAGGAAACACUAAUUCACAGGAAACCUUGUAGGAAUGGAAACCGCUAACUACAGCCACAUUUCAGAGGUAAAGAAACAGUGGUUCCUCUUUCCUCCUUCCUUUGCAACUGAAGGUAAAAAUCAGAGGGCUACAAAAACAGAAUGCUUCUGAUUGGGACUGAGGUGAACUGGGAGAAUAGGAGAGAGGCAGAGAUGGAGUAUUGGCAAUUUGUGGAGUGCAGAUGGAGGUUAUAUCCUGGCAGAGCAAGGUAUGUGAGGAGAGUGAGAACAGACCAGCAGAAGGGCUGCAGGGCAGGAGUGAAAAGGUACAGACAGCUCAAACUAACACCAAAAAGUAUUGCAGCAGAAGCUUCUAGAUGAGAUAUAUAGUGGCUCCAAAAAGUUCCUCCACAUGCAGAUUGCUGUGACUACUAGUGAAAUUGCAACUGCACAUAGACCUCAUUCACAAAGCUGAGUAUUUUGAUGAAGCAGUGGUUAUUUACCUACACCUCUCUCUCUAAUUAGUCGUUUUGUGCAUAGUCGUUACUAUAGCCAUCUGAGCUCCUUAUAGCUUUUGUGUUAACCGAGUGCUAUCAUUCUGUUUGACAAUGUGGGGAGAGAGACUUUCCUGACAUUCCACAGGAAGUCCAUGGCCGCAUGAAAAACUGAAUUCUUAUCAGAGAGACAGUCCCUUUCUUCCACAAACAGGUAAUCUCAGACCAGGAGCAAAGUGAUCGUAUCAUCAAAAGAGUGGUAUUCUCAUGCAGAUAAGAAAGGUGAUAGAGCUGAAGAUUUAGGAGAUGAACCUUUAGAAGACAAUGAGCAAAAAUAAGGCUUUUAGGAUGAGGGCAGCAGUGUAUAUGAACCAACAAAGGCAGAAUUCAAGUUGUAGUACAAUAUUUCAGAAUGUAUAUAAAAAAGAUGGGGAAAACGCUAACACAGACCAGAAUCUGAAAUAAAUAUUCUUCAGUUUUGCUGUGAUUGUUCGGAGAGGUAAGAUUGGAACAUUUCAUUCACAAAUAAUUUGGUCCAGGGGCGUACAACAGAAAAUUAGCAGUGAGGGGUCUGAUCAUAUUUACAUUUUACUACUUUUCACUUAUUUAACAAGUUCAAUAUGACAGUCUCAGUCAUUUCACAAUUUCUGAUCUAUUUGGCCUCACAGCAGCCUAGUAGGGUAGCUAUUAUUGUCACCAACUUUCAGCUGGGGAAAUGUGCAGAGAUGUGAACUGGCUUACCCCAAGACCGCACAACAAAUAGGAAAAAAAGUCUUGUCCCCUUGAUCUCCAACACCUCUAGAAAUAGAAUUAUAUUAAUUAGAUGCUGAAACUUGAAAUCUGGCUUCUGUAUAUUCAUAUUCUCUUUCAUUAAUGAAACAAAUGUUUCAUCAUUUUUGUGAAUGCAGCAUUGUAAUGUUUUGAUGUUCUGCCAUUUGUAGAAUGGAAAAGCUGUGAUUUCUUUGCCAGAAUCAGCAACAAUAAGGUAGCUCCUACUCUGACAUACUGCCAAUAAAACAUUGUCUUUGACCUGA